AUGUCUCUCAACUGCUCGUACCCCUACAACCCGAACGUAACGUGCCUCCACCCACACAACAUCUCCGCGAACGGCGUCGCAUACGUCCUCCUCCGCGAUGACCAGAUGGACCUCGCGGGCUGGUGCCUCCUGGACCACAACACGGUCUUCACGAACUGCGUCACUCAGUCGAAGGAGCGGCGCAAGGCGCUCGGCCUGCCCUCUGGAACAGGGCCCACUCUCGGCCCACUUCCGCUCAUCCUCCUCGUCCUCGCUUUCGUUUCUGCAGUCUCGGCGAGCGUCAUCCCCCGCGCAAUCUCGUGCUCCAGCUUUGAGCCCGACCCGCGCGACGCGUGGAACUGGAACGCAUACACCCAGACGAGGUUGCUCGGCGGCGGCGGCGCAAUCUCGUGCAACGGUCUCCCAUGCGGCGGCUCCUUCAACGACACGAAAACGACCUAUCUCUCAUGGCAGCUUCAGAACACCUCGGUGUCUAUCAACGUCAACGCCAAGCCUGCAGACGUGGUCAAAGUCGUCGGCGGGACAGAUGCGGAGCAGGUGACCUCUGUGCCCGCCAAGGGCCUGUGGUUGCUUCACGGCAUCGGUAUCCCCGCCACAUAUGCCUACGCUGUCGAUGUCCCAGGGUGGUAUAGCGGCUGCUCGGAUCGACAGCGAUACCGCGGGUCCGCUCUCGUGCCGGACAGCGACAGAAUCGUCCUCUACUACCUCAUCACGGAUUGA